AUGUCUCACAAAAUUCUCCCUUACUCUCACAAGAACCGCUCUUCCCGGCGAACACCUUUCCUUAUCACCCCAUGUGGUUCUUUCGCGCUCGCGAAGUUCAUAGCAGCGCUCGCCGCACUGCUCGCCCCGUCAACCACCGCCGCGUUGAAACUGGGCGCGUAUGUCCCGCCGGCGGACCCUACGACCACUCGCGGUCCGUGCCCGGGCUUCAACACGAUGGCGAACCACGGCGUCUUUCCGCGCGAUGGCUCCACCAUUCCGCGCAGCCUAAUUGUCGCCGCCUUUAGCAAGUUCUACUCCUUCUCCCCGACCAUGUCGAACGCCAUUCUCGAUUCCGCCUUCGCGAAAGGCGUGGGGGACCCCGCAGCGCAGACGAUCGACCUCGUGCAGCUCCGCGCGCACAACAAGAUCGAGCACGACGUGUCGCUUGUCCGCGAUGACUCAUACUUCGGUAACAACUACCUCGUUAAAACCCGCAGGCCAAGAAGUUCAACCUUAGGAAGGUUGGUUGGGAGGGGAAACGUGAUUGGCCCGCGAACCGUGGGGGUGUCGAGAUUGUUGAGAAUGUUCGUGAACUUGCGCAGAUUACCCCGCGAUAAGCGAUGCUCGUCCCGUCCCCCUCCCGUCGCCUUCACAUCCCCAUCCCGUCGCCUUCACUCCCCCCUCCUGUCGCUCUUCCCUUUUCCCUCGCGUCGCCCUUCCCUUUUCCCGGACCGUCGCUCUUCCCUUUUCCCUCGAGUCGCUCUUCCCUUUUCCCUCCCGUCGCCUUCCCUUUGCCCUCCCGUCGCCUUCCCUUUUCCCUCCCGUCGCCUACCCAUUUCCCUCACGUCGCCUUCCCUUUUCCCUCCCGUCGCCUUCCCUUUUCCUUCCCGCCGCCUUCUCUUUCCCCUCCUGUCGCCUUCCCUUUUCCCUCCCGUCGCCUUCCCUUUUCCCUCCCGUCGCCUUCCCUUUUCCCUCCCGUCGCCUACCCAUUUCCCUCUCGUCGCCUUCUCUUUCCCCUCCUGUCGCCUUCCCUUUUCCCUCCCGUCGCCUUCCCUUUUCCCUCCCGUCGCCUUCCCUUUUCCCUCCCGUCGCCUACCCAUUUCCCUCUCGUCGCCUUCCCUUUUCCCUCCCGUCGCCUUCCCUUUUCCCUCCCGUCGCCUUCCCUUUCCCCCCCCGUCGCCUUCCCUUUCCCCUCCCGUCGCCUUCCCUUUUCCCUCCCGUCGCCUUCCCUUUGCCCUCCCGUCGCCUUCCCUUUUCCCUCCCGUCGCCUUCCCUUUUCCCUCCCGUCGCCUUCCCUUUUCCCUCCCGUCGCCUUCCCUUUUCCCUCCCGUCGCCUUCCCUUUUCCCUCCCGUCGCCUUCCCCCUUCCCUCCCAUCGUCUUCACCGAACUCUUCCGUCGCCUUCACUUCCCUCUCCCAUCGCCCUCGCUCCCCCCUCCCAUCGCCCUGCUCAUUCUCCAGUCGCCCUCUCUUCCCCGGCUCACCCUGUUUCCCCAGCUCCCACGCUAGCCCCCGGCUCUCUCUGUCUGUCUCCCCUGCUCAUUCUCUUCGCCGUCUCCCCCCCAUUCCCCCACAACCUCUUCCUCAAGUUGUUGGUGGGUUCAUUUGCGCUAACGCUUCCCUCUCCGACGCUACCGUGACCCUGCACCCGACGCCACCCCGCCAUUUCUCCACGCUCAUCCUCCCUUUCCCUCACUACCACCCGCCCAAUCCCCAACUCCCCCGCGUCCUUUCUGCCACUCCCCCCCGCCCUAUCCCCCACUCGCACCCGUCCAUUCCCCCACUGCCCCGUUCCGUUUCCCCCACGCUAAUCCUCCAUUCCCCCGUGCCACCCUUCCAUCUCCCCCACGCCAACUCUCUCUCCCGCGCCAACGUUAAUGGUGCCAACCCGUUCCUCCACGCCAACUCUCCCUUGCCCUCUCGUCAACCAUUCCUUUCACCACGUCGUUGCUCUACACUUCCCCCUCCUGUCGCCUUCACUCCCAUUCUCACUCUCUCCCCCCCUGCUCACGGGAUUCCGAGCCCUCACUCCCAUUCCCCCUGCUCACUCUCUUUCCCCCCCGUCUCACCCAUUUUCCCCCUCCUGGGACUAUUUCCCCCACUUUCUCGGCCUAAUAUUGCCCUGCACACUCCCUUGCACCUUGCUCACUCUCUCCCCUUCUGCUCACACCCUUUUCCCCUGUACUCGGGGGAUCUCACCCCCCUCUUCACUCUCCAUUCUCAUUCCCCUUCGCUCACCCCUUUCCCACCUCCAACUCCUCUCAUUUUCCCUUUGCGCACUCCCUUCUCCACCCUGCUCUCUCUGUUUCCCCUUUUGCUAAUCCCUCUGCCUCGUCCACUCCUCCCAUGCAUGCCCUUCUUUACCUCCACCUCCACCCCUUGCUCAUUCUGUCAUACGUUCUCCCCUAUUGGUUCCCUUCGCUUGCCAUCAUUCCGUUCCCUUCACCUGCCUUCAACUCCCAUCUGCUCUCCCUCGAAUACACCUCCUCCUUUCCCUCCUCGGUUCAGUAAGGGCCUUACGUUCACUGUGCUACCCUGCCCCGUCCUCCCUUCUCACAGCUACCCUGGUCAUUCUCCCAUCCCUGAUUCACUUGCGCUAACGCCUCCUGCACCGAUGCUCCCCUUUAUCCCACUCCCACCAUCUCUUUUCCACCCCCACCUCCCCCCCUUCUCCCGCAGUCGCUGGUGCACUUUGGCCGGCUGUGAGAGUGGGUUAAGCAGCAUCACCAGCGCCUCUGCCGGAAGGCUCCUCGCCUUCCGACGCUUGCUCUCCACCAACUCCGCCUGGACCGCCAUAACCCACCACCCGUCCUCUCCCUCCGCCUCAUCUCCUUCCUCCUCUCACUCCUCCUCCUCUUCCUCCUCGCCCCUCACUCAUCUUGUUCUCUCUGGUGUCUCAAUCGCUCCUCCCUCAUCCCUCCCCCCUAGACACCUCCCUAGCCAUCUUCACCCACCUCGACCUCUCCCACUCGCGCGGCGCCACACUUCCUCCUCCUCCGCACCUCACCACCCUCCACCGCACUCCACUCCUCCAGGCCCUCACACCCCGCCCUGCGGCUAG